UGAUGUCGCCAAUAGGACGCGAUCAUCCGAGUAGCACCAUCGAAGAAGAAAAAGGCGGAAGUUAGCGUCACGUCGCUAAGCAACUAGCUUGCUGCUGGGCAGUAGGAGCGGCGCUCCAGGAUGGAACAGAAGGAGCCAGAGCCCCCCAACAUCAAAGUGGAAGAGGAAGAGCUCUGCGUGUCUAGCAGUCGCGAGGCCGAGCGAGAAGAGGAGCGGGUCGCCAAGUUCCAAGUGAUGCGCGUCAUUGUGAAGAGCGAAGUCGACGAUAAAACUCAGACUCGGUUGGCCGACGGAACCCGACCUCACCAGCGUUCACCUCCGGUCAAGCGCUCUCGACUUCCUUCGGACCACCCCUACCCAAAGGCCACGGCCGACCUAAUGGCAGCCGCCGGCGCUCUAUCGGGUUUAAACUGCACCCGACAUGAGCGACUCCCGAGCGGGAAAACUUUCGUCUGCUCGUUUUGCUGCAAAACCUUCAACCAACGGGUCCAUUUAUCCCGCCACUUGAGCGUCCACACAGGGGACAAACCCUUUCACUGCACCAUUUGCAGCAAAAUGUUCGCCACCAGGGACCGAUUGCACUCCCACAUGAGGAUCCACACGGGAGAAAAACCUUUCAGCUGCUCCGUUUGCGGCAAGCGAUUUUUCCACCGCUCGCAUUUAGUCAAACACUCCCAAAUUCACACGGGCGUCAAGCCGUUCCCCUGCCUUUUUUGCGGCAAGCGCUUUUACUCCAACGGUGAUCUGAUCAAACACACGCGGACGCACACGGGGGAAAAACCCUUCACCUGUUCUAUUUGCAACACUAGCUUCAGCGACAGCUCCACGCUGGGCAAGCACAAGCGCCGCCACACGGGAGAGAAACCCUUCAACUGCAGUGUGUGUGAUAAGCGCUUUCCCUUCAAGUUCCAGGUGAAAAAGCACAAGUGUGUUGGUGAGAACAGCACCACUAAGUGAACUUAAUAGAACUAUUUCACUAAUAUUCUUCCUUGUUGGUAGAGGUGCACGAUAAUUAUCGGUCUGAUAUUAGGAAUUAUGACGUCAUCACAAUAAAUCCAAUAACAUUAUUAAGAGAACCGGUAAUAUAUAAUUUUUUUGGCAUGGUGUCGGUGGAUUUGGAUGUGUGCGUUUGAGUUGUUUAAUGGACCAAGACCACAAAAGUCCUCUCGCACCAAAUAUUUUAUCUGCUGACAAAGCACAAUACGUGUUGGGUUUAUGUUUGUUUUAGUUCAGUGCUCAUUGUUCAGGGGAACACAUCGUCAAUGAUACUGACUAAUUGGUUGUGAUUUACUCAAAAUUUAUUUAUUUAAAAAAAUAAAUAUGGGCACUUAAUUUGAAGUCAAAACUGUUCUUGUCUUUGUUUUGUUUAUUAUAAUAAUGUUCAUGUCAUCAUGAAAAUUCUGGUUCGGUCAAAGGCAAGUCUAUGCUGAAUCCACCACAAGUAUUUUUGGCCUACACGUGUUCAAAAAACCAUGUGAAUAUACAUUUAAAAAUUAUAUAUAUAUUAUCGGUAGAGAUCACGUCAUUUUCAAAGUAUUGGAAUCGGCAAAAAAAUAUCGGACAUGCCUUUUUUUAAUAUAUGUAUAUAUAUAUAUAUAUUUAUUAAUUAAAUCGUUUUCUAAUUGUAUUUAACGUUACAGACAUAAUA